UAAUAAAUAUGCCUCACUCAUUCGGUUACAGAGCUAGGACCAGACACAUGCAUGCCAGACCAAACAGAAAGCAUGGUCUGCAAACUCCUUCUAAGGCACUUACUAUUUUCAAAAUGGGAGACCUCGUCGACAUCGUCACUGAUGGUGCUGUCCACAAAGGUAUGCCAUACAAGUGCUAUCACGGUAAGACCGGAAAGGUCUUCUCCGUCUGCCCAAGAGGUAUCGGAGUUGCCGUUAGCAAGAGAGUCAGAACUAGAAUUUUAACUAAAAAACUCUACGUCAGACAUGAGCACUUGAGAAAAUCUAAAUGCAGAGAUGCUUUCUUGAGAAGAAUUAAGAGAGACUUGAAAAAGAAACAAGAAGCUAAGAAGGAAGGAAAGAUCAUUAGUACUAAGAGAGUCCCACCUCAACCAAGAAAGGCACAUGUUGUAAAGGAGGAGAAUAUUGAAUACUUGGCUCCACUUAGAUUUAGAGAUAUCUUCUAAUUCUUUGCUAAUAUUAAU